CAUUUACUCGCCAAUGCUUCAGAGGGCUGUGGACCUGAGAGAGAACACCUGACAAAGGUUAGUAUCAAUAAAAUGGCAAUGAAGGUCUGAUUCGAUAACUUUAAACUCAGGAACUCUGUUUCUUCUGACGAAGGUCAUUUGUUGGUGAAAAUGAACACUCUGGAGGAUGUCCCAUUUCAGACCCUACUGGGCCCAUUGGACGAGGAAGUGCAACUUGUGACGGCUCCAGACAUCACUAUACCAGACUGCCAUCGGGUACUACGAGACACUGAGUAUGGAUUCAACCUGGAGAAAUGGAUCUUAACUGGGCAGCAGCCAGACUGCCAGGCCCCCUCCUGCCCCCCCUACUGGCUGAUGUUCAGCAGCCCUGAGGAGAGCUGCAGGGCCAAUCACAGGAGCGGCUACCCGUGGGACCUGAACUCUCGACCCCGCAGUCACAGCCUGAACUCUGCAGACACUCGCCGGCUGCACCAUCGCACUGUCAGGUUCCUCAUAUCUGACUCUGAGGAUGAAGAUGGUUACUAUGAGGAUAAUGAAGCCUCCUCCAAUGAAGAUGCACCUUGCUCCAUCAAGAGCAGAGAGCAGCCCCGGAGCGCUGCACCCAAAGAUCCACUCUCCAGAGUCAAAGACAUGUACCUUGGUCCUUCCACUCACCACAGUAAGCCUGCCUCACCUCAGAGCUUUAGAGGCUCUUUACCUUCUCUCCAAGACUGCAGACAACCUCUGCGAGCACUGGAGCAGCACAGGUCACAGCAGGCCAGCUCUGUGUCCCACGGGCAGAAGAACACCAAAAAGAGGAAGUGUUCACUGGGCAGAAGAUACUCCCAGGACACACCACCUGCUCACUCUUCACCCAGGCUGCAGCAACAACGACCCUCCUCUGCAGGGCCUGUUGUCAGAAACCACAGACAGAAGACCCUGAGGACUGGUGGCUCUCGUGGAGUUUUCUUUGACUCAGCAGCAGAGCUGGUGUCAGCACUCAGCCAGGAAGAGAGGGAGCUACUUGAAACCAUCACAGAGAAGGGCUACCCUUUACGCACAGCUAUUCUGGCUCUGCAGAAGACAGGCUAUCAUUGCCCGGAGAAGAUCCUAAAAUACCUGGUAGCCAAUGGCCGUCUGUGUGAGCUAGGUUAUGAUGAAGCACAGGUGGAGGAGGCCUUGGAGAUGUUUCAAAACUGUGAGAGCAAGGCUGCUGAGUUCCUGCGUCUUCUGACUCAGUUUAAUGAGAUGGGGUUCCAGCAAAGUGCAAUCAAAGAAGUGCUGCUUGUUCAUGAAAAUAACCGUGAGAGGGCUCUUGAAGAACUCAUGACAUGCAUGUCUUCAACAUAACAUCCAUUGACAGUCUGCAUGGAGAAAAGAAUUUUCUACAUUAUGUGAAAUGUCCAAAAGAUAGUGUGGUCAAAUGGAAUACUUAUAUU